UACACUACGGAAUGUGCUAGAAAACACAGUCUUUACACAGCUCGCGGCCAAGUCUUCAAAAUACCAUCACACACACUGGAUUAAGAUUUUUAAGUGCAAGCGUUAUAUUACAUGAGGGGUGGAUAGAGAAAUUUGUCACACAUAAGAUGGCAUCAUUGAAAGUAACCAUACAAUGCCAAACAUUUCUCCGAGUCUAUACUACUCAGCUCUUGAAGAAUGGCUCGCUGUGGAAAGACUAGCGAUAAGCGAACCCAGAGGGGAAAUCUCCGAGUGAGAACCGAGCGACUGAAGACUCCCCUCUAGUAAAUUUUGCUCUUUGGCCACUUAUCGGACGCGGAACAAUUGGGCUGAGGACAUUCAAACUUUCAUGGGCUGUGUGCAGAUGCAUGGAUGAUAGCUAUGACAGUUUUGAGAGGCGAUUGGAACAAAGGGGAAAAAGUGAAUUUAUUCAUUCCGACCAUCUUGAAUUGUUUUGGUGUCAGCCAAGAGGAUCAUAACUUGGGAAUUUGUCCAUGCCUUUGGGMAUUGAAAUCGAGUUUUGGUAGCUCAAACUGCUAACACGUCAUGAUGAUUGCCAAGAAAAAUAGCGUCUCGUCAAAACCCAAAGUGAAUCCAUGGCCACUUCCAAGCUUACGACUGGUGCUAGUGUGCGUAUCKUUGACUAUUACUGUAGUUACUUGUGCUCUCAUCAUWUUYGUGGAUGUGAACGCACCAAACCUGGAAAAUAUCUUCCUUUCAAACAUAUAUUUUCCUCUUGGCCAAGAAAUUCAACCCAAAAUCCGAAGAUGGUCAGCAAAUAAGACUGAAUGUAUUCACUUCGUGAAAGGGAGAGACGAGAGUUUCUUUCAUUACGAAGGAAUACAGUGUGGACAAGCAAUAUGGCAAAGUACGGCAACGCUUGAAGAAAAAGAUCGAUAUGUCAAACGAAUAUCCACAAACUAUCGAUUAUUUGAAAAUGAAAACAAUGCUCGUGGUUAUUUUGACUCGUAUUGGAGCGAUAAACUCAAAGAUCCUCURCCGAGGAGCUUUUAUACUGAAGAAACGGAAGGGGCUCCAAAGGCUGGCGAUGAAUUCAGAGCAUUUCGCUGGGACCCGGCUGCAGUUUCUCAUUUGAGUUCCGAGGUGAAAAACUCUCCGUGGUUUCACCGAGCGUCCGCCACAUCCAGGCACAUAAUUUAUAUUUUUAGACAGGGGAAAAUCUUCGCAAGGCUCCUUGUCCAAGGGUUUAACAAUAGUAAAGACCCCAGGCUUGGUGUAGAGUUUGCUGGAAGGUUGGCGGGCGUCAUGGCGGAGCUUAUCAAUCAAAAUGAGCCCACGCCAGUGCGCAAGUUCCUUCUAAACGUACAAUGGGGGGUUCGGUACUUUAUCCGUGCCACGCCCUUACUGUGUGCACAGAAGUUAUCGACAGCGCUUACAAUUCUAUCCCACUGGACCACAAAGCUUCUUAAUUGUACAUGGUCGUCUUUGCGUAUAUCAAUAGCGGCUCAAAUCUACGCGUUUUGGCGACACCUUAUGUGUUCCGGUCUUCACGACCUUCACUUUGUUGGUGUUGCAAUGUUGCUGUUAUCUUUGCAUAAGCUACACACGGUUCUUUCGCCUUACGAUCAAAUGGAUCUUUCUCAAGUKCGAUGCCAGAGUAUGCUCAUGUCUGCCAUUGAGAGAGCUCGGCGUCAAAAUCUUCUUAACCAAGAUUUGUUUCUUCAGGCAAACUAAAAGCCUUAAARCAAGAUUUGUUCAUUCUCUCUAUUCAUUCAAGGUGGACUGAAAACACCAGAUGCAAUAAUUUAUGCUGCAGAAACUGAAUCCCUGAUCGUUGUWUGAAACACAGAGGGAUUUCAAAAUUUUAUCCAGAUUAUGAAUACARUAUAUUAAUAUAUUAUCGUAUAAUUUAUUGAGAAGUAAAAUAUUUAUGUCCAAAAAGGGCUGACACCUGAAA